AUGAGGCUUUAUAGGCCGAGAGCGAGGAACAUGAGCCUAGAAUUAAUUUUGAGAAGAAUUACUAGGAAGACGUGCAAGGAAUAUGCUAUGAACUGCUCUCUUGCUGGUGUUACUAAAAUAUUCGAUUCGAAAAUAGGCUACAAGGAAAGGCUGGUCCGAAUAGCCCUGUUCUGUGUGAUGUUUGGAAGCAUAUUCUACUUCCUCCAGUACCUCUGGUUUGACAAUCUCGCUAAACCUCUUAUUGUUACCAUGGAAUCAACGACGUAUCCUAUAUCGAAUGUAGAAUUUCCCGCAAUCAGUCUUUGCAACUUCAACAGAAUAAGCAAGAAAGCACUUCAAAGAUAUGUAAAAACAAAUUACAGGAAACUGGCACCGAACAAUGAAUCCAUAGAACAAGUGGAAUGGUUCUGCAAGCAGCUCGGACGACUAUUGGACUACUCGUAUAAUAAAUCUAUACAAGUCCACCCUAUACUAUUUUCCUUCGUCAAACACCUUGGCGAUAGUCAUAACAUCAUUAAAUUGAUGCAAGAGCUGUCACCUCCGUGUGAAGAAUUAUUAAUACGGUGUUCGUGGUCCGGUGAUAUAAUUGAUUGUAAAAAAAUAUUUUUCGUUCAUCGUACUGUUAGAGGACAUUGCUGCACUUUUAACCUGGUUCUAGGUCUGGACGCGACUGACAGGUUCGACAAUUCCAUUUACACAGUUAAAAGGCAACACGAACCUGGAAAAUUGAAUGGACUCAACGUUAUACUAGACACAAUGGUAGAGGACUAUACGUAUACCCUCUAUAACAUGGUUGGAUUUGAGGUGCUAAUAUUCGAUCCGACCCAUUUCGCGGACCCCACUGGGGGUCGCGUCACACAGCGCAUAGCUCAACCCGAUCAGGCCGUAUUUUUCGAAAUACGCUCUAUAAAACAGAUUGCAACUGAGGAAGUCCGAAAAUAUCCUGAAAAAACGAGAAAAUGUCUAUUUCGCAACGAAAGGAAGGACCAAUACAACGACUUGUACUCAUAUAGCUCCUGUAUAGUUAAAUGUCGUAUUAGAACAAUUCAAUCCCUUUGUAAAUGCACGCCUUACUUCUUUCCAACGAAACGGAGCGUCCAUCCGAUUUGCACAUUGGAUGACCUCAGAUGCUUAAAUAAAUAUAAAGAAAAACUUUUAUACCUGUACCCGAAGGACGCUGUCAGUACUGAAGGUCUUGAAGCGGAAAUCCAGGACGCUCUCUACUGUGACGAAUGCCUACCGGACUGUGAACUGACCCAGCACUAUACGAAGCAAUCUAAGAUACCUCUUUCUUUUGUAGCUAAUAGAAAUAAGGAAUUCACUAAUUAUUUCUUAGAUGACUUAAAUAUGACGAGUAAAACAUUGCUUUGUAUUUAUCAAGCGACAACUCAUAGCGUUUUGAAUCGGCUGGAUAUAAUUUUUUACUGGUUCGAGCUCGUUAGUAAUGUCGGUGGUUUUUGCGGCAUACUCGUUGGAUUUUCAACAAUUAGUAUCAUUGAACUCGUGUAUUUCUUUGUGUUUCGAUUUUCUUAUAAUGUUUACUAUUUUUACAAAAAUAAUUACUGA